AUGGGCUAUGCACAAAAACGUCUAGCAUCGACCGCUGCCAAAUUAGCCUCUGUGUCUCCAUCUCAUGUCCGCGUAUUUCCUCCAAAAGAAGCUGUCGCCAGCUCAUCCAGCUCAUCCCAAAAACACUUCUUCGAUGCUCAGACGUGGGCUUCCUUGCAACCGCCACCGCCAACCUCCUUCACUGCAUUUGCUCAUCGAAUAGGCCUUGGAAACAUUCUGACGUCUAUCGUCGACAUUCAGCGAGCAUGCACUCACCCAUCCUUCGUACCGCUAUACUCGCACCACUAUCCGGACAAGCCUCUACCUGCCACGAAUGCGAAUCUUGCGGUACUGGGUAAUUCGCUACUGGGUCUCUUUGCUACGGAAUAUGUGAACGCUUCAUAUCCGCAUCUUCCAACGCGUGUUAUGAAGGCUGCUGUAAGUGCAUACGUUGGUCCGACGACCUGUGUGGGGAUUGCCAAAGAGAUGGGUGUGACACCUCUCUUGAGAUGGAACAGGACUCCUACUACACCAACAAGUCCUGCUGUGCUGCACCCAGAUGCACUCAGUUCCGUGCCUCGUGCGUUGACCGCGUUGGUAUACCAACAUCGAUCAUUGUUGUCAGCCCGCAAAUUUGUGCACAAGUUUUUCCUAAGCCGCGAAGUAGACGUGCGUAACAUGAUCAAAUUCCGAGAUCCCAAAGCCGCGCUGGCAGAGACUGUUGCGAAAUUCGGACGUGAACGCCCAAUUUCAAGGUUGUUGAAGGAGACAGGUCGAUUCUCCAAUUCUCCUGUAUUCGUUGUGGGUAUAUACUCAGGCGCGGACAAGCUGGGCGAGGGAUUCGGCACCUCACUCAAGAUGGCUGAGUACCGCGCUGCGGAGGACUCUCUACAUCGACUGUACCUGAUACGGCAGCCGUCACAUUUGGUACAGCUACCGACAUCGACGUUUGCUGGUGGGCGUGGCAACGUUUUCGAAGCAAACGGCACGGAAGGGAAGUAUUUAGCGGGAGAGAUGGGCGACUCAGAAGUACUAUAUGGUAGUGCAGGCCGUACAGGCCAGCGGAACCCAGGCAGGCGGUCGCAGGCUAUCGAGGAGGAGGAUCUAGAGGUCGUAUUAUAA